UUCUGCUUAAACGCGUGAGGAAACAAAGUGCCUUGUCUAAACUGGCUUAAUUUCAAUUUCGGUAAAGGAUUGAGGAGAUGCCUGACUAUUAACAUGUGGCUUCUGUGACUAUAAGAAGAGUUGACGGUGUAAGGUAUGUGACUUCUCUUUGUGGUGGCCUCACACUUAAUCUGUCAGCAGAAACAGAAGAUUUGCAGUCAUCAGCUGCAGCAGGAAAAAGUCCUUGCCAUGUCUUUAGUAGAGGAUAUUCUUUAUGUGCUGCGCAUGGUCCUGGACUAUUUUGGUGUACCUCCAGAAAUGCUUGUUCCUGUGUGGGACACUCAGCUGUGCGGUCAGUAUCGCAGCAUUGUACGAAUGAUCGGCACGAAUCUCCCACUGAAGCCCACUCCACGUGCCCAUUUUCAGAUCCCGUUGAUUACUUAUAAGCCCCAUGGAUACAUUGAGUUAGAAGCUGAAGCACCCGCCAUACCAACGUUUGCAGAUGUCAUGUGGGUGUUUGACUACGAGGGGGAGAGCUUUGCCAGAACCAGGAACCAUUUACCUCCAAAGAAAGAUGGCAUGUUUAGUCAAGACUUGAUGAGAUUUCCCAGGCUGGCUCAGAAUCAAGCUGAGAGAAGAGGAGGAGGAGAGUGUGUGCGACAGAGGGCUGAUCCUGAAGCCCUGCAGAAGAUCACCCAACUGGAGAGUGAACUGCUCAAGCUUCGGGCUCAGAUCGCUAUGAUAGUUACUGCAGCUCCAUCCUCAGCUCUGACUGAGACCCAGAAUGCUCCAUUUUCACCUCUGAUGUCCCCUGCUCCACUCCCGGCUCUCACCUCCACACCUCGUCAUGCACCUCCACCUCCUCCUCCAUUGCCUCCUCCUUGCCAAAGCUCCUUCAGCGAGAAAUCAUCUGCGAUGGAUUUGAUCAAACAGCGCAGGAACAACAACUCUAAUAAGGGUCAGCUUCAAGCCCAGCACUCAGGGCUCAACAAAAACAUGGAAAACAAACUGAUUCCUUCGAUGCUGGACGUUCUGAGGGAUUUAAAUCAAGUCAAACUGCGCUCAGUUCAGAGAUCACCAGGAGGCACUCCAGUCAGGAGGAGAAGCAUUAAGUGUGAUACUGCUUUGCUGAAUGACCCCGCCGCUCUGAUUGCUCUGGCACUAAAGAAAAAGUUUGCUCAGCACCGUCACAACACUUCCUCAGACAAGGAGAAUUCACUGGAGCUCUCUCCAUUUGGCAGCCCAGAUACGACUCCCGUUUCCCAUCACGCUAGACGCAGUCAGGGUCGUCGCCAUUUAUUAACUGGUUAAGCUCAUGCCACGUCACAUGUGACCAUCACUAAGGAUGAACAAGCUUCUUAACAGAUUUCUGCAGAAACUACUGAGUACGUCUUUUUAACUUUUCUUUUUUGAGAAGGAGUUCUCAAUAACUGUUUGUCUCAAUAUGUCUUUUUUGUUGUUGUUGGUAUGUGUUGGGAUUGAGAACCUUUUCAAAACUGUUACUUUAAACAGAGGUUCAGAUAAUGCUUCUAUUUUUGUACAUGGAUAUUUUAUUGUUUGUAAAAAAAAAAAAUAAAUGUGAUCAAAUACUGAAGCAGGCAGACUUUUGUCUACCUACCUUCAUACUUAUAGAAAUCUUUGAGGAAAAUCAUGGAGAUUAAUAUUCAGAAGUCUGUUCUAUGCAAUUUUUAAAGUUGUUUUUGUUUACGUACAUUUGCACUGUUUUACGUUAAAUGCUUCCCGUUGCUUGUUUUUCCCUAAAUACAGUUAAAAUCUGUAAAUUUUGUACAUAGCAGCAGGUUGUCCCAGAGAAACAUUGAUCUAUUGUCUUUAAUAAAAACCUUCUUUUUUUUCUGCAAAAGCAUUGUAUAUACAAUAUCAUUAUUUUUGCUGUGUUGUUGUCCUCUGUCAUCCCUUUUGGAAAAGACAAAAUCUUACAACAUGGCACAAGAGGCAAUUUUCUGUUCCCUUCUUUUCUGUUCAUCAUGCUUCUUUGUCAGAGAUCGUUCUGCAAUGACAUUUCUGAAACUUCUCAGGGCCAUUAAGAAUUAAAAAAU